AUGAGUCAAACAGCACAAGUUGUGGAUAUAAAUAAGUUGAGAUAUCUUACCAAAAGUCUUCCUAAAUCACCAAUACCUCAAGAAUCAAUAGAUUUUUCACAGUUUGCCGCUGAAAACUUUGAACAAACUGCACCUUUAACUCAAACUCCAAAAUCAAAUAGACAUAAGAGACAUUCAAAAUGGUUAUAUAAUGAAGUUCAAAGAAAUUCAAUCAAUUUUGGUGUUAGUUCUAUUGAUAUGAUUGAAUAUCAUAAUCAAAAGAAGAAGGAGAAUAAAUUAUUGAGAAAACAAUUAUUGGAUAAUAUGACCAAUGACUCUGCAAGUAUUAAAUCCAUUAAAUCAAAUCAAUAUGUGAAUACUAGCAGUAGUAAUACUAUUAAUGGGAAAGAAAAUGAAAAUCUUGAUGAUUUUAUUGAGAAAAGGUUAGAUUAUCAUCGUCAAAAUUCAUCAAAACCAAAAGCACCAGCUAUACCAUUACCGCCAUCUCCAUUACAAUCUCCAAAUUUAUCCCCCAAAAGUGAUAAUUCAAGUUCAUAUACCACUGCUAAUUCUACACCACCUAUUCAUUCAGUUGAUGACUCAAAUAAGAAACCUGUAUCAUACAAUAAAGCACCACCACCAAGACCAACCACAAUCCCACCAGAACUUGGUUUAGAUAACACCACACCAAGAGUAUUAUCAUCACCAGUAAUGUUACAAUCUUCAAAUUCUCAAGCUGGAUCAAGAUCAUUCCAUCAACGUGAUAUUUCAUCAAGUUCAAUUUCAUUAUCAUCAAGUUUUAAUAAAUUAAGAAGAAAAUCAUCAUUAACGAAUUUAUCAAAAAAACCAUCACCACCAAAUAGUUUAAAUAACUCAGCAAAUGGAUCUAAUGGUUCAAGAUUUAGAUUAUCUUCUCCAACAUUAAGAAGAAAAAACAGUCAAAGUUCAUUUAUGAGUAUUGGAUCAAAUGUAACAACAACACAUUCAAGACCAUCAAGUGGUAUUAUUCCAAAUAAAAGAGAAUGUCAUAAUAUUGAAGAUACAUUAUUAGCUGAUGAAGAUUUUAAUGAUUUUACCAUUCCAAAAAGAUCAAAUACAAUUAAUGGUAGAGAUAAUACUUUUAAUUUUGAAAAACCAAUGUCAAGAGAAACAAGUUUUGAUAAUCUUCAAUAUUCCAAGAAUCAAUAUGGUAAUAACAGCAGCAAUAACAGUUUGAAAAGUCCAUUGAUGGAUAAUAUUAAUUCUGCUAGAUUUGGUUCUUCUAAUGGUCGUUCACGUCCUCCAAGUUUAGAUCUUCCAAUAACACCAACAAAAUUAAGACAAAGACAUAGUGUUGCAAAUUUUGAAAUUUCACCAAUUGGAAAUUUGAAUGAAGAUUUUAAUAAUUCACCAAUUAGUCCAAGAAGUAAAAGAUCUGUUUCAACUUAUGGCUCAUUAGGUUCAAGUCCAACAAGAUUAUAUCCAAGAAUAUCGACAAGAACAAGUUUAUCAGAUCUUAAAAAUUCACCAAUUGAAAAGAUAUCUGAACAUGAAAUCUCUAAUUUCCAAUCACCAAUAAUUCCAAGAAAUAGUUGGAGUGCAGCAAGAGCAAGUCCAUAA